AUGACCGAAUUAGAACUUGUCACCGAUCCUGAUCAUCUGAAUGAGUUUCAUAUUACAGCUGGGCUCUCUAGCCUCAACACUGGAACCUCGGGACCCUCACCAGAGCCAGCACCGCGGACCCGAAAGGUCAAGCUGGUUUUACUACAGCCUCUAGCAAACCCUGAUAUGCUUGCAACCUGUCGUAAUCCCGUUGCUCGCGUCACUCGCAGAUCCACCGGUAGUGUCGACGGCACUUCCACUAGCGAGUUUCUCGAUAUCCGGCCCCUCACGAAUGAAGGACGCAAUGACUCCUUUCGGAAAGUGUACUGGGACAUUGGCAUGCCCCAAGGCGACACGCUCAGUGUUGAGGCACGGGACGUUAUGAACCUGGUCGUCACCAUCGCCACCGAGACGAGGAUACGAGUCAAGGGUAACGUGUGUUUCGAAAUGGUGUAUGACGAAGCUGAGGGGGUAGCGCCUAGGGUAUUGACCCGUCUGGACAAGCAGCUUCUUGCUCUUCAGCAGUUUCCUGGAAAGAGAGAUGUAAAAAGGGCGAAUGGCCACUGA